AUGGAUAAUAUACAAGAACUUUUGAAAGAUGCCACUGAUUAUUUAUCUUCUGGAAAUGUAAAGGAUGCCUACUUUUCAUAUAUAAGUGCACUGGAUGUAGUAACAAGGGAGCUACAUAGCAUCAAAUUUGUAAAUAAUGUUGUAACAUCAAAACCGGCGUCUCUAUCUUCAAUUUUUGCUUUAUCUCGAACAUGCCUAUCAUAUGCUGAAGAUAUCAUAGUCAAACAUCAAACUCCACCCAUACCACGAAGAAAUCCAAAUCUCAAUAUAGCGAUAUUUCCACCGACACCACAACAAGAGGAACAUCCACACAAUUUAUCACCACACAGAGCUCCUCCAAUACCGCCGAAACCAAUGCGCAGAUCUUUUAAUAAAGUAGGCGAAGAUGGAUCGUCGUCAAAUUACCCCAAAAAUGAACCACCGGCCUUAAAGCCUCCAUUACCGCCAAAACCCGUACGAACUGCUAGCAUGAAAAAAUAUUUAGUAGAUAUAGAGGUUUCCGGCAGUGAGUCAUCUUUAGAUGUUGCAAUUCCACAAACAUUACUUCGUCGACGCUCUUCAUCUCCUGGCCGUGUUGUGACAACAUCUAGAAGGCGGCCUACCCUAACAGGUUCGAUAACAGGUUCGAUAACAGGUUCUAUAACAGAUUCUCCAACGGAUGAGGAGAGUCCCUAUUCUUCACAUUUAACAUCCCCUACAACCCCUGCCUCAUUUUAUGGAGCAAUAGCUGUUCCAGUGUCAAUGCCAAAUUUAUUUGAACAACGUCCAAAAAUGAUCAGUGUUAUUCCUGAAGGUGCUGUUGAUCCAAAUAAUUUGGUACCUGCUAUCGUAUCGACUGAAAGCGAAAAUGCUCAAUCACCAAGUUCACCUUCUUCAUCACAAUAUUCUUAUCAUGUGCCUGAAAUUCCAGCGUCACCUUUGAUAACUCAACAUACUCAAUUGGAACAAAAAAUUCAAACAUUAGAAACAAAAUUGGCAGAAUAUCGUGCCAUAUCUAAAAAGAGAGAAGCUGGUAAUUCAGAGUCUGACUCCGACGAGUUAUCACGGACAGAACUUCCAGAUGAGGAAAUUAAUGAGGCGAUUGAGAAGUAUGGAACUACAGUUGCUGGUCUAAAACAAACAAUAACAAGAUCUCGUAAAUUAGUUUAUAAAGCUGCCGCAGAUCCGGAUAUUUUAGAAUUCGCUCCUCAUAUGAUUGCGUAUCAAUUAACUUUAAUUGAAUCUGCAAUCUUUUUGGAAAUAGAUCCAACGACCCUUCUUACACAUUCCGCAAAGAGUCCUGACUCAAAAAUCACUGCCUCAACGGACUUUUUUAACUAUCUCACAAGGGUUGUAGAACGUUCUAUUUUAUUACCCUUAGAGGCUUCCUCACGUGCACAAAUUAUAAACCACUGGGUUAAAGUAGCCGUUAAGUUACACGAAUUACACAAUUUCCAAACCUUAAAGGCAAUCCUUGCUGCAUUGGGAACACCACCAAUAAAAAGAUUAAAAAGAACAUGGGCUUGUAUUCCGAAAAAGAGUAUGGUAAGGUUAGAAGCAUUGUGUGAUAUGAUGAGUGAAACGAGAAAUUAUGGAAAGUAUCGAGAGACCAUACAACGAGAAGGUUUCUUAAGGAAGCCUACUAUACCAUUUUUAGGAACAUUUAUUAUGGAUGCUACCUAUUUAUUGGCUGCUGUUAAAUCUGCAGGUUCAUCAAAUUCAGUAUCAUCGUCUAAUAAUAAUAUCAAUCAUGUACCAACAACUCCUCGUUCUACAACAUCAAUGAUAACUUUAACUUCUCCUGGAGCAAUGCAAUCUUUACAGGAAGAUCCUCGUGUACAAGAAUUAUUACAAACUAUGAUGAGAUAUCAACAUGGACCUAAAUAUCAACCUAUUCCACCUGUAACAUACAUAAAAGCAUCGACCAAACAUUUUCGCACUGCAAGCAUUAGUGCAGCUCUUCAUCGUAGCAGUGGUUAUAAAUAUAAUCAUAGGAGUGAAGAAGAAGAAGAAUCUAUUGAAGAAAAGCAACAGUUAAUAACACAUUAUCUAUUAACAAGGGUAUGGAUUCCAGAAAAAAGUGUGGAUGAAUUGAGCCUAAUGCGUGAGCCACAUAAGUACAAAAAUGGCUGUCGAGCAUCCGGAACAGCUUCGUGGAGUGGGACUCCAAACAGUAUAAUAUCAAAUGCUAGCAGUGCAUAUCGUGGUAGUACGGGAAGCACUGUUGGUGGAAGCGGUACGAGUACUGGGGAGAAUGCUAGUACUAGUAGUGGAAUAGGGAGAGCUAGUUCAACAAGUGGUAGCGGAGAUUCGCGUCCUCAUAGUUUGGAAGAAGGAGUUGAUGCAGCACCCACGGCAUCAAUCACAUCUAAAUUGGAUAGGGCUGGGCCCAUAUCAGAUAAAGAAGAAGAGAAAAAUAAAUUUAGUGAGUGUGAAAAGGAGAAAGACAAUGCAGAAACAAUUUGUAAGGUUGAACUUUCCAGAAUUCAUGCAGAACCAACAAUUAUAAUGCCAACUCCAAUAUCUAGUAAUAAAAGAACUAGUUGGAGAACUAUGAGAGUAAUGUUUGGCAGUUACGAAGCCACUGAAACUCCUAAAAGUCCCACUGCUAUGAUGCGUGCAGCAUCCCAUUCUCGAAGUUCAUCUAGUAUUGAACUGGUACCAAAAAGUCCCACAGCUACUUUUAUGAAAGCUCAUGGACGUACUACUUCGGCUAAUUCUCCUGGUGCAAAGCCUUUUACUUAUGCACCUGGAAUUUCAACGCGUAGAUCAUUAGAGGAGCCACGUUCAGCGACUCCUCCUCCAUUGCUACCAAAACCUGCCGCAUUAAUGCAACGUAGUGCAAGUGCUUCUUCAUCGAGUAGCAUGGGAUCUAGUGCGAGUGCGCCUGGAACUCGAAAUAGUGUAGGUAAUAGCAAUUCUAUAUUAAUAGGAAAUAUGGAUGGAAUAGAAGAUUUCCGCAUGGCAUUGGCAAAGAAAGUAGCUAAUGAAGUCACAGCUGGGGGUGGUUCUUUAGAGAGAAAUCGACAAUAA